GCACAGGUUGAGUUAGUUGACUUCGUUUGGAGUUCCGCCUCCAAGGCGCUGUUUCUUGUUUGCUUUCCACGCAUCGACACGACGGCGUUUCGUGCUCUCCAUAUACAUCGCUUCCUCAUCGGUACACCUUCCAAAUCGAGAUUUGCAAAUUGCAACCCAAAUAGCCAAAUUUAUACAUCGACGAUUCUCACAGACUCAUCACCAUCACCUAAAACCCUAACAAAGCACACAUUAUCACACACACAAACACAUACUUUUUUCUUGUAAUGUCGAGCAAUCAACGAUUCAAUAACAGGAGUUUGCCCAACAAAACCCAGCAACAGAGAUUCGUACCUAAAGCGGCAGCGUCCCAAACUCACAAUUCGAAGCCGACGCUCUCCGAUUCUCUUCGGCAACAGCAGCAGCAAUCAUCUUCAUCCGGUACCAGUAAAAGUUCCAGUGGGCAGCGUGGGAUUCAAGCUGGCAAUUUUAUAAGUUACUUGCCGCAGGACGAGGCGGUUGCGGCGGGUCUAGGGGUUGCGGAAGGGGGUCUGGAUCCUGUGGAAUCUCAGGGAGUUGUUGAUUUGUUGAAUAGAGAGUGCUCUAUCUUGCUCAAGUUAAAUCCCAAAGAUUUUUGGAGAGAAGUGGCUAGUGAUACUUCUCUUCAUGCUUUUCUGGAAAGUUUCUUGAAGUACAGAAGUAGAUGGUAUGACUUUCCUUAUCGUGGCGCCAAGGGAAUAGUUGCAGGGGUGAUUGUUGGCGAGCAUGAGCUAAGCAGGCGUGUAUUCAUGAUUCUCUAUCGCAUAUCUUCAAAUCGCGACCCUGGUGCCAAGGCUUCUGAUAGUCUUAGUGCAAAAGAUCAUGCAGUCAUUUUGCAGGAAAAGAAGUUGCUUGACUUGCCUAAGCUGCUAGAUAUUUGUGCAAUUUAUGGUCAUGAGAAUGAAGACUUGACAAAGUUAAUUGUUACAAAUGCAAUAAAGGCCCAGCCUUGGAUCCAUGAUAGCUUCAAUGCUGUUAUUUCUCAUUUUCUUAACAUAGUUCAUACCAUGUAUGAGCGAUGUAGCACAUCCUUAGAGGUUUUAUUGUCUUCUCAUAACGCCCAAGAUGAUGGUCUCACACAACUUCACUCUGACUAUCUUGAGGUAAUGGAUUUUAUAAAUGAUGCUAUUGUAUCAAUGGAUGCUUUGGUUGCUGCUUACAACCAUGCUGCUGUAUUUUUCUCCUGCCCUGUUGAAACAAGUUUCGGAAGCGAUGAAUUGGUUCAAAUUCUUGCAAGAUUGCAUGAUUCAUUGUUGCCAAAUCUGCAGCGUGGGUUUAAAAUACUAUUUUCAUCAAAGAAAAUUGGAAAUGAAAGCAUCUCUUCAGAGAUGUUACCGAAAGUUGUGAUUAGUUUGAAGAUGUUAUCAUCUCGAAUUGUUGAUUUUUGUUGGAAAUUAGUGAAUUUGUGUUACUUAAAUGAAGAAUUGUUUGUAGAAAGUGCACGUCUUCCAUUUGCCUCAAAGAUUUUUCCUGCCCAAGUGGAAGAUCCAGUCAUCAGGGCAGAUAUUUUGGUUCAGACAUUUCGUGAAAUUAGUGAAGAAUGUUCAAUUGUUCAAGAAGAAAGGAGUGUAAAUUCUUUGCUUCAAAGUGUUGAAAAGAAAUACCAAUUGAUGGAUAGACUUCAGCUCCUAGUGAAUGAAGGUUGGAUCUCACUAGACAAGGAACAAUUCCAGUUUCUUUCCGGAAUCAUACUGGUCCCCACAACCAUACAAAUACCAAAAUUACCCUCCACAACAAACACAAAGAUAGAAAUGGAUGAAGACAACGCGAUAAUCGAAUCCAAAAUCAGUCAAAUAAAAGACCUUUUUCCCGAUUAUAGCCAAGGCUUCAUUUCCGCGUGUCUCGAAGUAUACAACCAAAACCCUGAAGAAGUCAUUCAAAGAAUUCUAGAAAGAACACUUCAUAGCGACCUACUUUCACUCGACCCCACUCUACCUAUACCCCCACCCCACCCCACCCCACCACCCCUCCCCCAAAACGAUAAAGGAAAAGGAAAACUAAUCGAACUUACACCGCCAACACCCACAAAAUUAAUGGGCCAGAGCCCAGGCCCAGGCCCAUCUUCAACUUCAUCUUCUUCGAUUGGGAGAUUCAUUAGAAAGUCAAAUACAAACAAACCGGAUUCUGAAAUUCUUAACACAAAAGAUGAAGCUUCCAAGAGUUUUGCACUGCAAUCUGUUGCUGAGUAUGAAGAUGAGUAUGAUGAUUCUUUUGAUGAUCUUGGAUUGAGUGUUGUGGAUUCCGGACUUGAUGAUUAUAGUGAGAAAGUGAAUUCCAAUGAUACUUCGGCUUCAGAAGCUUCUAGAUGGGGGUCGAGACAAAAACCUCAGUUUUUUGUUAAGGAUGGGAAGAAUUAUAGUUAUAAAGUAUCGGGUUCGGUUGCAGCUGCGAAUUAUAACGAGGCUAACAUCGUAAAUCAAGCACAGAAAGAAACGAUUCAUGGGCUUGGGCGGGGUGGUAAUUUACCAUUGGGUGCUGUACAAAAGGUGGUGGAAAUGAAUGAUGUGGUAGGAGGACGGGGGAGUAACAAGGGAAAAGACAAUAAUGCCCCUGUGAGAACGAGUGAUGGGGUGAAUCGAGGGAGGGGAUGGGGUAGGGGUAAUGUUGGAAAGGAGCAAAAUGUGGUGGAGGGGAAUGACGGGGAGGAUGGUGGUGAACGUGGAAGAGGUGGGAGGGGGAGAGGGAGGAGGGGUGGAGGGGGGAGGAGUAAUCAUUACAGGAAAGAUCAAGCUAUGAAGAAACAUUUUUCUGGGCUUGGUGGGUUUUGAGUUUGUUGGUUGAAAACAUGUUUUAUGGAAUGGGGUUAUUAAUGGUUAACCCAUAUAUUAUUAUAAAUAGAAUACGGGAUUAAUCCAUGUUUAUGUUUUUGUUUUUUGAUUAGAGAAAUUAAAAUAUCCUCCUACUUUUUGUGCCUA